AUGAUACCCAGCCUCCCUACAACAGCGCUCAGCUUUACCCACCUGGCUAAAGCCGUCGGUUUUACUCUAAAAAGGGGGCCACGCAGGAUGCACUGCAACAUGCACUCAAUCCCUGCCGCAUCCCUUGAGCCUGGUGGCAUUGUCCUUGGCCAUCCUGAGCUUCUCCAGCGCUCCCUUGAGGACUCAUUCCGGAGCAUAUCCUUCUCAAAAUCAAUUGAUAAUUCAAAUGAGUUUAGCAGUGCUCGAUUCUCCGAUAUAGUCGGGUCCCAUGUUGCCUCUGUCAAGAACUUUCAGUUGAUAGCAGCUACACAGUCAGUUGCUGGUGCACCGACACCCUCACAACCACCGCAGCCAACCCAAUCUGACCAUGACAAGAUCAUCCUUCAGUUUGGUAAAGUUGGCAAGGAUAUGUUUACCAUGGAUUUCCGGUAUCCUUUGUCUGCAUUUCAGGCCUUUGCCAUCUGCUUGAGCAGCUUUGACACCAAAUUAGAAUGUGAAUUGAUGCAGGAGCAUAGGGGUGGAUCAAGAUAG